AUGGCUCAUCGAAUAAGUGACAAUGCAAUAGCAUCUGCUCUUGUGGAAGAAAGUGACGACGAUUUGGUCGAGCUCUUUUUACCUGGAAGCGAAGAUGAAACGGAUCAUUUGAGUGUGCAGUCUGAAUGUGAAAGUGAAGAAGAAGAAAUUACUUCGGGUGGUGAGUUUUCUAGUUCUCAUCAGUUUUAUAUGGCUAAAGAACGCAAAACUAAAUGGCUAAAGGAACCGCUAAGGACAAUUCGUACAAGAAAUAAAAAUAUAAUUACACAUUUACCGGGAGCAAAUAGUCAAUAUAAAGAUAAAUAA